AUGGCCAAACACCCGAAAGACCUCAAGAAAGCAUCCAAAAAGAAAAUCAAAGGCAAACAACCAGAAAAACUACUCGUCCGCCAGCCAGUGCUGUUCUACUCGUCUAGACUCCCUCCACGCCCGGUUACGCAUCGUCCCAGGCCCAUAGCUCAGGCAGCCCACGCCUUGAGGCCCACAUGGAGAAGAGUAGUCAUUACCUGGCUUGGUUGGAGGUACUACCAUUAUGGACUUGCGAUACCCGUACACGGAAUGCAUCCUAUCGAGAUUCUCAUUAUCAACGGCAGUAUCAUUGCCGUAAUCGCUGCCAUUAUCUGGGUUGUUUUUAUACUCCUUCCGAUCCAGCUUCAACGAAUGCUCACGAUACUCUUCAAACGACGUUAG